AUGUCGGCCAUCCCACAACAGCCCCAGGCGCAACCAGCGCCAGCACCAUCCACAAUUCCCCCAGCUCCCAUUAUCCGGCCGCCGCCUCUGAGCGGACGUGCUGGCAACCGUCCUCCUCGCCUGGGGCUCUCAAUCCCCGCGAGGGGCACCAAUGCCCCUCCGCCGAAGCCACCCCUGCCGACCCUUCACCUCGCAACCCCUAUGGGGAGCACCGUUACACCACAAGAGCAGCCCGUCCGGUCCUUGAGUCAACAAAGCGUUAGUGGCAGCGAAAGCAGCACCGCUCAUAGCAGAAGUGGCAGCUUCGGGCCCCUCGACGGCCGUGCCAGCAAUCCUACAAGUGCAGGCUCCCAGUUCAGUGUCAUGUCCUUUGCAAGCCAGUUCGGUCUCGGCUCAACAAGGCAACCAAGCGAUCCCGUCUCGGCUGUCGGCUCGCUCUACUCAAAUGCUAGUGAGGGUGUUGACAUCGACCGGGAUGCCAGCCUUCACGGCCUGGAGAGCUUUAGCCAAUUAAGUAUAGAAAAGGCCAGAAUUCUGGACGUGGAGGAUCUCGACGAUGAGGGUUGGAGGAUUGUUGCCUUGGAGAAGCGUAUUAUCGAGCUCGGCCGCCUGGGCGAGGGUGCCGGCGGUUCGGUGACCAAGUGUAAGCUCAAGGGUGGCGAGACCAUUUUUGCUCUUAAGGUGGGUUGUUCUUAUUGGUGUAUCGCUUUCGAAGAUCGUUUGUUGACGGCUCAGGUCAUCACAACCAACCCCGAUCCCAGCGUCAAACGCCAGAUCGUCCGAGAACUGGGCUUCAACAAGGAGUGCGCAUCACAACAUAUCUGCCGCUAUUACGGCGCCUUCGUCGACCCCGCUACCGCCACCAUCUCCAUCGCCAUGGAGUUCUGCGAGGGCGGUUCCCUCGACAGCAUCUACAAGGAGGUCAAGAGACUCGGCGGCCGCACCGGUGAGAAGGUCUUGGGUAAGAUCGGUGAGGCCAUGCUUCGCGGUCUGACCUACCUGCACUCCAAGAAAAUCAUUCACCGCGACAUCAAGCCCAGCAACGUCCUGCUCACUCGCGCUGGCGAAGUCAAGCUGUGCGACUUUGGCGUCUCAGGCGAGUUCGGUACCAAGGGCGAUGCCAAUACGUUCAUCGGCACAAGCUAUUACAUGGCUCCUGAGCGUAUCACCGGCCAGUCCUAUACCAUCACCUCCGACGUCUGGUCGACCGGCGUUACCUUGCUCGAAGUGGCCCAACACCGUUUCCCUUUCCCUGCGGACGGCACCGAGAUGCAACCUCGUGCGGGUCUGAUUGAUUUGCUCACCUAUAUCGUGAAGCAGCCGCCUCCGAAAUUGAAGGAUGAGCCUGAUAUCACAUGGAGUGAUAACUUCAAGUACUUCAUCGAGUGCUGGCAGCUACAGCAGCUACAGCAACAGCACCAGGAACAGAAGGCCCAACAUGAGCAAGAGCAAAAACAGACCGGCCUACGCUUCUCAGGCUCUUUAGCUGGCAAACUCACAAGCACCUGGCGGCGGGUCUCGGCCCGGCUCAAACCUUGGCUGCCUUCUCAGCCGAGCACAAUGUGUGGGCUGAGGCGGCGAACAUGGCCGCUGUGUGAUACAGAUGAGGAGAUGGGUCGGUUGGCGGCUGUGGAGGAGUUAGUGAUGGAGAUGGGGAGGGUGGUUGGUGCUGUGGAGAAGGGUGAGUUGGUUGGGAUGAUGGAAGAAGUAGUUAGAGUUGUGGAGAAGCGGAAUGGGGAGGUGCAGGAGGAAGGGGAGGAGACGGAGAAGGAGGACGAAGGCAAAGGGGAUAAAAGGGGGAUGGAGCAGCAAAACAGAGCAAGGGCAUGGGCCGGUCAGUUCAGACCGGCAUCUAGAGGAAAGGUCUCUUCGCAGCAGCAGCAAAAGGCCAUUACCAUUACCAUCCAGGAGGCAGCAAAACUCAUCAACAGCAACAACAACGAACGAGGCGAAGGCCGUUUUGCCACCACCAGCGCCGCCAAAGACAUUGAGGGGGGUCUUGGGAAAGGUAAAGAAGUCAUUGCAGGUCGGGGAGACGUGUGUCGAGAGGGAGUGGAAUAA